AUGACGGUGACCUACACCUCGCGGGUGGCCACCGCGCGUUUCGGGGGCUUCUCACAGCUGCUGCUGCUCUGGCGCGGGAGCAUCUACAAGCUGCUCUACCGGGAGCUGCUCCUCUUCCUCGCUGCCUACCUGGGGCUCAGCCUGGCCUACCGGUUCCUGCUGUCGGAGGCGCAGAAGCGGCUCUUUGAGAAGCUGGUGCUCUACUGCGACAAGUCGGCCAACCUCAUCCCUGUCUCCUUUGUCCUUGGUUUCUACGUGGCGCUGGUGCUGGAGCGCUGGUGGGGGCAGUUCCGCAGCGUCCCGGCACCGGAUGGGCUGAUGGUGGCCGUGGCGGGCAACGUCCACGGGGCCGAUGCACGGGGCCGCAUCCUGCGCCGCACCCUGAUGCGAUACGGCAGCCUGGCUGCGCUGCUGGUGCUGCGCGCCGUCAGCACUGCCGUCUACAAGCGCUUCCCUACCACCGACCACCUCGUCGAGGCUGGGUUCCUGACACGGGAGGAGCGGCGGCGGCUGGAGGGGCUGCGCUCGCCCUACAACAAGUUCUGGGUGCCCUGCGCCUGGUUCGGGGCACUGGCGGGGCAGGCGCGGCGGGAGGGUCGCGUGCGUGAUGACUGUGCCCUCAAGCUCCUCAUGGAGGGACGUAAGGACAUGAGAGGACGUGGGGGGUCACGUUGGUGGGUGACCGUCCCCCCGCUGCAGGUGGUGACCAUCGCCGUGUACACCUUCUUCGUCACCUGCCUGAUUGGGCGGCAGUUCCUGGACCCAGCCCAGGGCUACGCAGGGCACGAGUUGGACCUGGGGGUCCCCGUCUUCACCCUCCUCCAAUUCUUCUUCUACGUGGGGUGGCUCAAGGUGGCCGAGCAGCUCAUCAACCCCUUCGGCGAGGAUGAUGACGACUUUGAGACCAACACGCUCAUUGACCGCAACUUCCAGGUGUCAAUGCUGGCAGUGGACGAGCUGUACGGGGAGGUGCCAGCGCUGGAGCGGGACCGGUACUGGGACGCCGCCAGCCCCCGGGCACCCUACACGGCCGCAGCCGCCCCGCUGCGCCAGCCCGCCUUCCGUGGCUCUGCCUUCGAUGUGGCGCUGGCGAAGGAGGAGAUGCAGUUCCAGCCGCUGGAGGACAUUGGGGAGACCCUUGGGGACACCCUUGAGCCCCCUCCACGGCCACCCCCAGGCACCUUCACCCGACGCUUCUCCCUGCUCCGCCGCAAGAACACUAAGCCUGUACAAGCCGCCCAUGAAUCCCUGUUGGGAAUAAACCCCCAGGCCUGA